AUGUAUGCCAACACACGAUCGACGAAUGCUCAGGCGGGUCCCUCGUCCCAAGCAGCAAGCUCACAUAGGAAGUCGAGCCGUUCGAUUCCAGCAGAGGACCUCUCGCUUCAGCACAAGCCCUCACUUGCCACGACGCUGUCUACCAGCUCCGCCUCUUCUGACUCCCAGCCCGCCAAUCCUUUCCAGGCUUCAUGGACAAAAGGGCAGCCGACUCAAUCAGCAGCAUACAGCGACUCUUUUGAAAGCUCAAAGACCCGGUCUCGCCCGCAGCCGCGGCGCACACCAGUCUACAUCCGCAUCGUACCCAAAGAUGUGUGGCUGCGCAUCCAUGUCGAGCCCACUCAGACCAUCGCUUCGAUCAAAGAUGCAGCGCUCAUCAAAGCUGGCAUGCCAGAGCAUGACUCGAGUCUGAGCUACAGAUUCUACCAGGAUGCGUUGACGGCGUCGGCAUCCGCCAAGAUGGCCCCCGUUUCGAGUCACGACAAAGUGGUCAAGUAUCGGACCUAUGCGCAUCCAAAGUCCUUCUCGUGUCCACCUCCGGAUCUGAGCGACGUCACCGCUGCGAUCGCCGCCUCUGUUGCCGGCAACAGAGAGCGCAGCAACACUUUGCACGCUGACAGCAACGGCAAGGCAACCUCCUCGGUGAUUCCGCCAAUGCCCCUGCCAGCUGUGGAUAGCGCCUUCAGCACGGACGAAACUCAACCACUGCUGUUCGAUGAAUCAGCAUCUCCGCGUUCACGCACCUUCCCUCCUCCUUUGCCUCACAAUCUCGAGGGUAGCAGCUCAGCCAGCGACGACGCGUACCUGGCACUUCCUCCCCACUCGGACCUGGCAGCCUCGCCUGCCUCCACCCUGUCCGAUCUACCCCCGACUACCGCUUCAGAUACAAGCGUCUCUGAUUCCUCGGAAGCAAUCAACGAGCUUGGAGUUCAGCUCGGUGCGUCGCUGAUUACCGGAAACAGGGAUGCAAAGGCGGAAGAGGACGAGGCGAGGAGGCGUUUGAGUCAGUGGAGCGCUAGGCGAGAGUCUGAGAGUCUGGCCACUCAUGCCGAGCAUGGUGGGCUUCGCGAAGAUGUACUGGACGAAGAGUCGUCGAGGCGGGAGAGGCUACAAACAGACAGCUUCAAUUCGACACCUACCAUCGCAUCGAGCAGCACCUUCGGCAGUGAUUUUGCGUUCUCGCCCAGCAUGCCUCCGUCUUCUUCGAACAUGGACGCCGGUCGUAACGCCUUGCGUGCGACCAUCGCCACACCACCAAGACGACCCGCUCGGCUCAAUCCAGGACUGCUUGGCGCACCAGCCUCGGCCUCUAUCUACACCCAACCUGGCGCGAGCGAGUCUUUCAACUCGCUCGCAUCCUUCGACUCGCCGUCGUCGGUCCCGUUGUUGACCACCGCCGAAGACGAUGCUGGUGUCAUGAGAUGGGGCACGCAAGCCGAAGGGACCCCGUCAUCCGACCCGUUCAGCCCUUCGCCCUCGGUUCCAUCGACCUCUGGCAGCGGCGUUUCUCCGCUUUCGAGUCCAACGCUGCCAUCGGCGCCGUUGGACCUUGCUUGGCCAGAAUCGGUUUCUUCGCCCGCACGACCGCGAAGCAGGACAGUGACCGCCGCUGACAUUCUAAAGCAACGCAAGGACAAUCAUGAAGAGACGCCCCCACUGCCAGAGACGGUCUCGUCACCGUCGCGCCAAUCGUCAUUGCCGAGGUUUCCGAGUCGAAGGCUGGUGGCUGAGUCGAGUCAAUGUCGAGAGGUACCGCAAGUGGACUUGUUGGACAUGCUCAGAGGCUCGCCGCGGCUGACCAACGAUGAUGACGAGGAAGGAUUCUCCACGGUCAAGCCCCGAAAUGUGAGGGCCCAGGCUGGAAUGGCACCUUUGCGCAAGAAAGCCUCCGAUGUGUUCUCAUCCGAUUCGGACGCCGUAGCUUCACCGCCAUCGUCGAUGGCAGCGUCCGUAGAGAGUAGAGGCCAGUACAUCGCAGGCAUUCGAAGGGACGAGAUCUCGCGUGGGCCUGGGGAUACCACACAUCCGCUCUCGGGCAAGUUCGCCGUGCUUUCGUCGGCGAAUGGAUGCGAAUUGCAAGAUUGGAAGACGGUCGCUGCCUAUCGCAUUCGGCCGUAUGAGCUGCUGGAAUUGCAAUGGACCGUUCCGACCGAACGAGUCUACAUCCCGCCGAUCAGCCUGAGGGAGACCAUUCGAUCGAGCUCGGCGGCUCCUAGCGACCAGGGCAUGUUCAAGUCGACGUGGAGGGAUGCGGCAGAUGCAGGACCCGACGCCGAUGCUCCUUGCCUGGAGCCGUACUUCGAAGGUUGGGUGUAUGUGCUCAGGGGCGGAGCUAUGGCGGGCAAGUCGGCGAAAUCGUCCAAGGGCUCGAGCAGUACAGGCAAGUGGAGACUGCACUGGAUGAUGGUCAAAGGUUGGCGAGCCGAUCUGUACCGCAAGAGGCCGCGAGCGGGAGAAGCGGUUCUACCGGUAGCCGAACAGGUUCGGUCGUUGCGCUCUAUCGAAUGGGUGGCGAUGGAUACAAAUCAUCCGAUCCCUCCGCAUCCUGCGCUGCCUGCGCUGGACACGAUGCCACCUACUAGCGUCACGGUGGCUUUCUCGCCCAAAGGCGCUGCAUCGCAGAACGAGGGCUCGACUCUGACGCUGAGAUGUAUCUCGCAAUUCGACCAUCAAGCUGUGUCGAUGGUGCUUUUGCGAGCGUGGUUCCGGUGCAGCGUCACGCAGUCAUCGCUAUCGGCUGGCGUGGACGACUGGCGCCGCAAAGCUGUGUUUCGCGCAAUCGUGGCCGGGCGCGGUGGCACAGUAGCAGCGGGUCAAGCGGGGCGCGGUGGACGCGGAGGCAGGAACGCCAAAGCGAGGACGAGGUUGCGACCGACAGGCUGGCCGAAGGAAUGGGAGGAUGCGGACCAAUGGUCGAGCGACUCAGAAGGGGAAGACGUUGCACCGCCUGCAGAACUGGAGCAUCUCUUGUGGCUACAGAGGCAGCAGGCGAGGAGAGACACGGUGACUCAGGCAACGGCGGGGAUCAACACGCAGUCGAGGAAAGAGCGCGAGGAGGAGAGGGAGAAAGUAACGCCAGGCGGGCUGUACGCGGCGCUGUUGGGAAGGACGACGAGUGCCAGCACCAAUGCUGCAACAUCAACAAAGGGCCCGGGUAGCGACAACAUGUCGCCUUUCAACACCGACUCGUCCCCGUUCCAUCUACACGGAAGUCGCGGCGGUAAACACCUGGCGCACAGCCCGUCGCUGCCUCACAUGGAGCCAGGCCUGAUGGCAGGCAGCAACAGAGCUCUUCACUUCCGGAGCGGCUCGCUGCCACGAUCGCCAGCCGAACCUGCCAUGGAUGCCGCUCGCAGUCGAAGCUCAUCGCGGUCUCGCUCGCUCACGACGAUCUCGAGCCCGGAUCUGCCCUCACCGAAGGUACCCUGCCGCGGUCGACUCACGCCUUCCUACUCGUCGUCCGGCAGCCGUAACGGCUCGCGCGACGCUUCUCCCAUGCCAUCGCUGCCGUCGUCUGGAUCCUCCAGCAGGAAAGGUAGCGGUGCUAGCGGCUUAUCGAGCAGAAAGGGCAGUGGAAGCGGGAGCGCGGGCAAGGAUCCGUUCACUGCGCCUGCGCUAGCUCCCGGCUACGUCGACGCUCCGCCACCGCCAAACGUUUUGCUGUUGCAGAAGUUUAAGGCGAGCCAGAAGGGCAAGGAGGAGAGCUCGUGA